AUGUUCAAGCCUGCUGCCUUCGCUCUCCUCCUCGCGACUGUCGCCUUCGCGUCGCCCGCUGCGCUCAACAGCACUGCGGCUCCCCUCCGCCGCGUCUGCGGUACCAGCAUCUCCGACGAGAAGCUCGCUGCGGCUGAGGCUCACUUCACCGCCAACAAAGUCGAGGCGCCCUCCUCCCUCGUCGCGGCCACGGCCACCAUUAAGCUCUACUGGCACGUGAUUCAGGCGAGCUCCUCCCUCUCGGGCGGUAACAUCCCCGACUCGCAAAUCGCGGACCAGAUCGACGUCCUCAACGCCGACUACUCUAACACCGGCCUCUCCUUCGUCCUCGCCAACACCACCCGGACGACCAACUCGAACUGGUUCAACAACGUCGGCCCCGACACCUCGCUCCAGACCACGAUGAAGAACACCCUCCGCCAGGGCGGCGUCGCGGACCUCAACGUCUACUCCGUCGGCUUCAAAUCGGGCGCCGGCGCGGGUCUCCUCGGCUACUCCACCUUCCCAUCGGACUACUCUGGCGCGCCCAAGGACGACGGCGUCGUCAUUCUCUACUCCUCCGUCCCCGGCGGCACCGCUGCCCCGUACGACCUCGGCCGCACCCUCACCCACGAGGCGGGCCACUGGGUCGGUCUCUACCACACCUUCCAGGGCGGCUGCUCCGGCUCGGGCGACUCCGUCUCCGACACCCCCGCCGAGGCCUCCGCCGCGUUCGGCUGCCCCACCGGCCGCGACACCUGCUCGAGCGCCGGCGUCGACCCCAUCCACAACUUCAUGGACUACACCGACGACGACUGCAUGACCGAGUUCACCGCCGGCCAGGCCACCCGUCUCGCCGGUCAGGUCCGCACCUACCGCAGCAUCUCGAUCUGA